AUGGGGCCCCAAAAUCCCCCCAACAAUGGGAGUCGGGGCCCCGCGAACGCCCCAGUUGUGGUGUCACGGGCUGUGCCCCCAGGGGUGGUGACGAAGAUGAAGAUGCAGCGCACCAUCGUCAUCCGCCGCGAUUACCUGCACUACAUCCGCAAGUACAACCGCUUCGAGAAGCGCCACAAGAACAUGUCCGUGCACCUGUCCCCCUGCUUCAGGAACCAAGGGAGUACCCCAAAACAGGGGGACCUGGGAACAACGGGGGUACCUGGGAACCAGGGGGUACUGGGAACCAGGGGGGUACCCCAAAACAGAGGGACCUGGGAACAAGGGGGGUACCCCAAAAUGGGGGGACCUGGGAACAAGGGGG